UAUGUUUCAGUCCACUGCUUCUUCAUCGUACUUUUAUUAAAUAUAACAUGAGGAUGAUCAGGAUCAACUGCUCCGUGUCUCUGGUGACUUUCCUGUGGAUGAUGAUUCUUGUAAGAGGAGAUACUGACGUGUCCUGUUAUGUCGAGGAAAGCUGCAUCUUACCGUGUAGUUUCCAGAAAGACCCUGAAGUAGUCAUCCACUGGACUAAACUGACAGAAGGACUCCCUCGUGUUCACUCAUUUUCCAAGAAUCAAGACCAGCUUGAAGACCAGGACCAGAACUUCGGAAACAGGACGUCACUGUUCAAGGAUCAGAUCUCCAGAGGAAACGCCUCACUGCUGCUGACAGGAGUCACGUCUGAGGACUGGGGACAAUAUCAGUGUUACACGAGGACAACCAGCGGAAUUGAGAGGUCAAUCAUCAACCUGAAAGUCAAAGAUACUGACGUGACCUGUUAUGCAAUUGGAAACUGCAUGUUACCGUGUAGUUUCCAGGAAGGCCAUCUAGUAUCCAUCCAGUGGACUAAGCUGACAGAAGGACGCCCUCGUGUUCACUCAUUUUCCAAGAAUCAAGACCAGCUUGGAGACCAGGACCAGAACUUCAGAGGCAGGACGUCACUGUCCAAGGAUCAGAUCUUCAGAGGAGACGCCUCACUGCAGCUGUCAUGGAUGAAGGCUGAAGACCGGGGACAAUAUGAGUGUUACACGAGGACAACCAGUGGAGUCAAGACGUCAAUCAUCAACCUGGAAACAGACGAUAAUUCGGUCGCAUUUGGAUUCAUCAUAUUUGGAAUAGUCGUAGCAGUAAUCAUAGGCAUAGGCAUAUGCAUACUCCCAUGCCUAUGCAUAGCAGCAUGCAUAUAUGUAUACAAAGACUGAAUGAACCCAUAACAGUCCAAUAUAACGACUGAGGGAACAGUUUGAACAAUGGCUUGAAAUGAACCAAACAAGUCAACAACUCCUCUCUGCUUCAUCCUGACUCUGAUCAAACUGACCAGAUUUAUCGUGAAUAUUUUAUCUGAAGACUCCAUUGAUCUGAUCAGUCCUGUGUUUGUAUUAAAUGACCUGGAGAAAUUCAUCACAAAUGGACAAACUGGAAAACAAGGACUCUGAACUCUGGACUACAGGAUUAAAUGAUACUGGAACCUGAACUCAUCAGACUAAGACUUUAAUGAUCCGUGAGGGAUAAUACUUUGUCACCAGAGCUUCUUUGCACAUAAAGUAAAUACUCAUAAAAAACACAAAAAGAUAAAAUAAAACUAGAUAAAAUUAAAUAAAAUAAAAAUAAGAAUUAUCUAGCAAAAUAAAAUAAAAUAAUUUACAGAAUUAGUCUUGGAAACAAAUAUACAAAAGUAGUUGGCAAAACAGUGUCCAGGGUGAUGUGGUUGUUUGGCCAGUUGCAUAGCAACAGCGACAUGGAUCGUGUCAUCGCAUGGUGUUUCCUUGUUGCUGAGGGAGGGAUGUAAACGCCAACAGAGUGUGUUCGCCCGUAGAGUCUGAAUCUGGUCUCAGACGUACUGUGGUCGUACAGACGGCACCGCCGACCCGAACCUCCUUCUCUGCUCCUCCACCUCCAACUCCAGCACCUGGUAACAGCUGCUGCAGCUACAGAUGUUGAGCAGAGGAGCUGGAUGGACUGAGCUUUAAUGUCUGUGUGCUUUUAAUAAUUUAACUGAUUAGCUGCCACAGUCCAUAUUUAUUUUAGAUGUUUUUAAUUCUUGUCUCUUUUAACAAGGGUCUGUUAUAGUUGGUUUGAGUGGUUAUAGUUUAUCUUAAAGUUAAUGUUGUUGGGAAACGUCUACAGAGUUUAAGAUAUUAUGUCUUUAGGUCAAAACAAAUAUAAAAAUGUAAAAUAAAAUAAAAUAAAAUAAAAUAAAAUAAAAAAAAAUAAAAUAAAAUGUAAUCCCAAUCCUAUAAGAAUACUGUGUUUAUACAGUUUUAUUGUAUUUUUAUUGUUUAAGAAAUGAUCCAGGUUACAGUUUCUGUCCAGCAGGGGGCGCUGUAACAAUAUCUUUCAUCCAUUUACACAUCUGGUUGAAGUGAGACAUUGAUCUGAGUUCUUCGUCUUUGCAACGACAGAGCUCAUGUUUUAGUCAUGAAGACACAGAGCAACACUGUGGAUUAAUGAAGAGUCUGUAAUUUGAUUAUUAUGUGUGUUUAAGUUUAAAUUGUUGAGUGUAAGAAAAUAAAGGAAAUGUCCUGAGUGAUUCUUUAAA